UUGGUGGAGGUUAGGUCGGUGGCGCAAAGAAAGAAGAAUGACUAGUGGCCGGCGGCGGUGGACUAGCGCCUGUGCUACACGAGUGGGAUGACGUUGAGGGGAGCUUGCUGGAUAGAGAGAAAAGAACGGAAAAUUGAUUGGUCGUAACGUGAAGAAAGAAGGAACGAGAGUACGACUGAGUAGGAAAGUAGGGGAAGUACAGUGAGAGAGUGUGGCCGGGAGUAGGAGAGUGCGCGGCAAGGGGCGAUAGAGUGAGAGAGCGAGCUGGUGGCCUGAGAGGGGAAGGGAAAGAUCGUUUCAGUGGGAAGCAGCCGCAGUCCGCUAGUAGUAGUGGGGAUGAAAAUUAGUUACGGCAUCUACCAAGACCUAAAAGGAACUCCGUGCGCGGCGCGACCAGGCCACUUCGUGCAAUGUUACGCGUUAAGGUACCCCCGUACAUCGCAUCGUUAGCAGUGCCCGGUUUCGAAGCUCAUCGUCGUCAUCGUCGUCGUCGUUCUCGUUCUCGUGUUUGACGUGACGGUCAUCGUCACGGUGCGGAAAAGUUCGGUGUGUGAAAAUAUACGUUAUGGCUCAUGGCGUAAACGAAGUGCUCAGUGAAGGAAGCACAGUGAAAAUGGUGCAUCAAAAACAGCAACAACAGCAACAGAAUCCGAGGAAAUCGGUCGGUGUGAUGGGAAGUAGACGGAUAUUCGCGCCGGCCUUCAAACUCAAGGUUCUCGAUUCGUAUAGAAACGACAUCGAUUGUCGUGGAAAUCAACGAGCCACCGCAAGGAAGUACGGGAUUCAUCGACGUCAAAUACAAAAGUGGUUACAGUGCGAGGAUAAUUUGAGAAAUAGUUGUGCCGAGACUGGUAAUACCGGAGUUGUCUCGACAACGGUGAUCUCUCCCGUGGGUGUUUCCAAGCCGGACGGUACCGUGACGGAAGCCACGGGGCCUGCCGUGACUCCAGCAGCGCCGGCCUUGAACCUCAGCCUCGCCAGACUGCACGGCGACGAGCUGGCUACACAGCAAGGGCCCCCACCUCUUCUUUCUCAUCCUCCUCAUGGUGGUUCAUCCUCUUCGUCCCAAUAUGUUUCCCAAUCUGGAACGGCGCCGGUUUUAUCCGUUCGUCUUGGUUAUCAAGAAUAUUCUGUCAAUUCAGAGCAACAACAUUCUCGUCGGGAAACGGACGAUCGAAUACAGGUGGACGUUCAGGGUUAUUCGGAGACACGUGCGGAUCAAGAACCAAAUUAUUACGUUCUAAAUUCGGACGGUCAACGAGGGGAACUCGAUAAUUUCGAUGGUCGGAACGAGGCGAAGGUGUACCAGACCCUGACAUCGUAUCGAGUACCUCUUCAACAAGAUCGAUUCGGUAACGAAAAUGAAAUCAUCGUAGGAACAUCCUCUUUGCAUCGGCAUCGUUCUUCGCCUAUGCACCAUCGAUCUCAGCAAAAUUACGGGGACGUGGAUUCGUCAAUGGACGGGAAAUCGUACGGUUUGUUGCUAGCGCCGUCGAUGAUAAAGACGGAACGAGCAAGCCCAGACUCGGCGGCGACGCCAGGGCCGUGCGAAUCCACCAGUUCCCCCGGUGCCUCGAGAGUCUCACUCUCGCCUGUUUCGCAUUCAGUCAACGGCACCGGAUUCAGCUCCAGCUCCAGCUCCAGCUCGGCUAUGUCCGUUCACUUCGAUUCUCCACGGCCCUCUGCGAGCCCGUGCAUACACGUGCACGAGCAUGAGCAUGCACACGAAUCCGUACACGCGUCACCAACACCGGAUUCCGAGAAUCCGAUCUCGUCCCUGCACCGUUCGCACCAGAGAGAGUCGAAAGAAACGACAAUAACGAUUCAUAUCGAGGAGAAGGGAACCGAGGACGUAGCAGAGGAGACAGAAAACAGUAAAGCAGUGGUCAAAAAAGAAAUCCAACUCGAGGAAGAGGUGGUGGUCGGUGAGGAGGGAAGAGAAGCUAUCAUUGCAUCCUCGUACGUUGAUUAUCAACGACCACCUGCUGCUUUCCCAACACACACAGAUUCGUGCCCGGUAAGCCCCGCGAACGAUCGAGAAGGAUAUUCGUUGCCCCCGAGUCCUCGAGGACCGACCAGCUCCGGUAGAUCCAGCACCAGUUGCUCUGACAGCGAGAUGGAUCCACUCGACUGUUCUUCCGCCAAUCAAAAUUCGUCGAACGAUCUCACUCGUCGACGAUCAUUCUCGCUAAGAUUCAAGCUGGAUGUUCUCGACGCUUUUCACAGAGACGUCGGUGUGGCGGGCAAUCAACGCGCCACGGCGAGAAAAUUCGGUAUCAAUCGGCGUCAAGUACAAAAAUGGUUGGGUCAAGAAACAGAGUUGCGGGGCGAGAUCGCUCUUCGCGGAAACUCGAGGCAGAGACUCGGUCCCAUCCAGGAUGCCGCUUCCGGUGACUCACCGGUAGAUCUGAGGACGUCGAACUACGUUUCCAGCUUAUCGCAAGAUCGAAUCGAAGUCGAGUACGAGCAAUCGCCUCCUUAUUGCUGCGAUGUUGGUUCUUCGCAGCAUCUUCCAUAUUACCAACACACCGCUAUGGUCGAUGUAUCUUGCGAGAACGAGCCUGUCGUUUCUUGUAAUCUUUCAUGCUGCAUGGACGGCCACGCCGUGACACCGGUUGUCUCAUGCUAUCAGGAAACCUCCUUAAGGGGAUCUUGCUACUCCGACUCGCAGACCAGAUUGUACUGUUAUUCCCCCCGAGAAUAUUCGUCGGAGAUCACCUCGGUUUCCGAACACUCGGAAGAACUGUCCUCACCGUUAAAGAGGCAAUAUUGCACUCUUUCAUGCUGUUACGAGACUCUAUCGUCGCCGAAGAGACUUUGCCUAGAGAUCGAAGAUCAGAUCAGGACGAAUUCCUGCCAAGAAGUGCCUCCUCAGGAAAUGCCGCUUUGUCUGGUGAAGCCAAAGAGGUUCGUCGACGCAGCUGCGUCGAGAACGGAGCCUGUGACGAGUACUGUGCCGACGCCACCGGCGUCCGUCGCGCCUCCGCCCUCAGGAUCAACGAUCAAGAAGGAUGCCAUCCUGUUCAAGCCUUAUUUGGACAAUCCCGUGAGCAAACCGGCCAAAGAGCAGACGGUCCAAAGGGGUUUGUCUCCCAUCAGUAGCCAGAAUAUCAUUAACAACAAUAAUAACAAUAACAACAACAACAACAACAACUGCCAAAAUAUUUGCAAUUUGAACGAAGGCAGGGGCCAUGACUAUGCUCUAGAAUUAAGCCUGAGAUUGCCGGUAUCCUGGAGAGCUCAUCCAAGUCCGUACGAGUUCCCACAGGUUAGAAGUGCGUUCGUUAGGUAUCCAGCAAGUCCUCAUUAUACUUAAUUGGAAAAUUUGUUUGAUCCUCGAUUUCGCGAAACGGAAGUUUCGAAUGUUUCGAAUAUUUUAUUGUAAAAUUAAUCGACAUCAAAUGCACAAAAAAUCAAUAUUUAAACUCGAAAAAAAUUUUUUUUAAUCGAUCGUUGUUGAUAUUUAAAUUCGAAAAAAUGAAAAACGAAACCAUAAUUCGGAUCAAGGAUAUGAAAUCGAUUGUUAGAUAUUCGGUCAAUAAAAAAGAGAAAAAAUCCUUCUAGAAAGGAUUUUCUCGAGCAGGAUCGAUUAGUACGUGAUCUACGACACGUCGUAUGCCACGUAAGCUUUAUCGUUUCCUCAAUCGUCGGCGUCGCGUAAAACAUGAUAAAAUUUUAAUCGGCCAUUAGACGGUAUGUGGAAAGAGAUUACACACGGUCGCGUCUUUAAUUGGCAUCCUUUAAUUUUUUUUGAUCUGAUUUUUUUUUCUGCCACUCUCCGAAGUUUAUUCAAUCCUUUCCUCCUCUCUCUUUCUUUUUCCCUUCUCUCUCUUUCUUUUUCUCUUCUCUUUUUCUCCCCUUCUCCAUGAAAAUUUAUCAUGAUGAAAUAUUUUUCUUGGAGAAAUUUUUCUCAUAGCAUCUUAUCAUCGAGAUUAACUCGUUCGACGGCUAUCGGCUAGGCCGUUUAGAGGUCGAGUGUAUUGGCUAUAAUUAUAGAAUUAUGUCAGUCUCUGAAUGAUAACGAUCACGAUGAAAACUCGGUAGCGUGGCUCAUCAUCGUGAUUCGUUGCGUAAUCAUCUUUAUAAAUUUCGAGGAAAAUUCUUGAUUCAUAACUAUAGUUUUUCUUUUAUUCGCUUUCGUCCAUUGAUUUUUCAAUCUCGAUUCACCGGAUAGAUAAAUCAAACCUAAUCACAUUUGAAAUAAUUAUUUCAGAUAAUUUUUUAUAUAUUGUUUAAAAUGUUACUUCAAAUAAUAUUAUUUAUUUACAAUAUAAUUUCUGUUUAAUAUUAUUUUAACGAUUAUUUUUAAUGAUUACUCCUUAUUUCAAUGUCAAAUAAAAUUUUAUCCUUUUGACAUUGGAAUUUUCCACGAAUCAUUAUUAAUUCUUCCUAUUUCGCGUUCAAUCGAGGAUCAAAUCUAUUAGAUAUCGUUUAAUUGCUCAAAGAAUUUCUUCCAUACGCGCAUCCGUGUCCCAUGCACGGUACACAGCAAGUAUUACGACAGGGUUUCGUCUCCGUUUUUCCUCUCUUUCGUUUCCCAGAACCUCUCUCGCCUCUCGGUCAACACGCGAUUUUCCCUCAAGUCUCACAUUUCCUUCCUCCUCGGUCGAUUAUCUGUAAAUAUGUAAAUAGAACGACGCAGGAGGAUCAAACCGAUCGAACUCGAAUCGUAAUCGAUUAAUGUAAUGAAUUGUUUUGUGUGGCUCGGUUCGAUCCUCUCGCUCGAACGACCAUUCAUGGAUAUUUUUAUAUCGAGUUUUCGGUCACGAGGAAGAAGGGAAGGGACGAAAGGUCGAAGAAGGAGAAGCGCGAGAAAAUUCAUAUGACCGCUUCUGUUCGAGGCCUUCGCCAUUCGUGCCUUUCUUCUCGCUGGUCUUAUUGCUAGAUCAAACGCGUAAUCUAAUUCUGAACAAAUUUACAAGUAGAUUUAUAAUUACAUAGUUCGUAUACAGAGAUAUAUUUUGUACAAAUUUGCGCCUUCGAAAGGCUGUUAAAGCGACGAAUCAAUUACAUGUUAAAAAAACUUUUAAUAUCGAUAACGCAACAAUGUAGUUUUAGAAAUUUUUAUGAUAUUGAUCGAUAGAUUUUUGACAAUCUCUGUCGAAGCGUACGAUAUUCUUUAUGUACAUUGUCGAUCAGAGAUUUGGAAUCAUUAUAUAUAAUGGAUGUUAUAAAAUACAAUUAUUUAUAAAAUGUUUAAAUUAGAGUUCAAUUACCUAUUUUGUGCAAACAAAAAUGAGCACAUUUAUCUUAUUAGUAAUGCAAAUUUACUUUCGUCUUAAUAAAUGGAAUGGAAUUAAAUUUUUUUGAUUCAUUAUCAGUUAAUAUUUUAUACGUAUAUAUGAUAUAGAAAAGAAAAGAAAAGUGAUUUCAAAUUUCUGAUCAAUAGUAUGUACAUAUAUUGAUGAGAUUUAAUGCGAGAUUGAUCACGAGGGGAGAUUUUUAAUAAAGACACCAGAUCGAUUUGCAAAAACCGGCGUGCCUUAAACGAUAUAUAUAUAUAUAUAAAAGACAUUAGAAUUUCAUACAGGGACGCAAUAUCGUUUAAUAUCGAGUGUUAAUACAAUUUUAAUUUAUAAUAAACUUAUUCACAAAAAAAAAAACUACGAGAGAGAGAGAGAGAGAGAAAUGUUCUUAAUUAUUCUUAUAAAUUAUUCACGCGUUCAUAUUUUCAGCAUUCGUUCUCUGAUUGAUAGAAUCCGGCCAAUGUAUUUCGAUUCUUGAGUCGAUAACACGUUCAUUUUUAUUAUAAGACAACCAUUGAAGUAGCAAAGAAUGUAUCUGAUUCUCUGGUCAAAAAAAAAAAAAAAAUAAAUAACUCGAAAAUUCCUUGUUAUGUUUUCUACUUUUGAUAAUCUAUAGUUAUCUUGUAUUAGAAUCGAUCGGAACGAAAUAGUUGACGCAACGUGUGCCACGGGUUUUUUUUUUGGAUGUAACACUAAUCAAGCUGUGAAAGUUUCCCUCUGGAUGGAAAACUGAAAAUAACCGUUCCACGAGUGUUCUACGAUCCGACAAUUGAGCACGUCGCGGCAAAGAAGGGCAAUUUUGUAAAUUACCAUCGCAGACAGAGUAGUUACGUCAAUGUUUCAAUAUUCAGGCUCAAUCGAGCUCGUUCCAAGUGCGACUAAUCUCACGCGUUGCGACAGCAUUAUCGGCCAUCGAGGAUGCGCUCGCAAUGAAUUGUGGCACGCGCUAGUCGAACAUUAUUUACCUGGACGUUUGUCUUAUAUUUGCAUACGAGUGGAAUAAUAAAUAAUAAAUUCCAAGCAAAUUUUAUCGAAUUAUAUAUCGAUUUAUUUUUGUGUUUCUGAAUUUUUGGAAAGCAAUGAUUUUUUUCGACGAAUUUUCAUUUAAGGAACGAUUAAUCGACUUUUAGAAUCGGAAAGACGGGAGAAGAAACCAUAUUAACCUUGUCCGCGUUCGCCGAUAGGGUCAAGGUGGCAAUGUACAAUAAAAUAGCGUAAUCUUAAGCCAUAAUGAAUUACAUAAUGCCAUAACAAACGUUUUACAUAAUAAACGUAGCGUCGAACCGACUGAUGGGAGAGCAAGAGAGAGAGAGAGAGAGAGAAUGAGUGAGUGAGAGAGAGAGUGAAAGAGAUGAAGAAGAAGAACGUGCUCGAUAGUGCGAGAAAUAAAUGCGUGCAUGUUUUUUUACGUGUAUAUUGGCGCGCACAGUUUUCGUACGUGCGUAUACGAAUGUGUUUCGUGUGCACAGCCCAUAAGAGUCUAUUAAACGAGGCAUAAAACAUUGUAUAAGCAAUAUUUUUUAAGUGCAUCAAACUGUGUGAACGGAAGGUGAGGAGAAAGGGCGGGGGUAUGAAGGGAACGAACGGUUGGUUCGAAGUGGUGGGGAGAAAAAACUUCGUGGGCGAGCCCCCACAUUUUAAACCCACGUGUAGGCAGAGAACGUACAUACAUUAUACAUACACACAUUAUACAAAUAUACAAAUAAUUAUAUAUAAGCAUAAUGCUCGCGUAUGUACAAAAAAAAUUUAUAUAUAGCGUUGAUAGAUGGAGAGAGAGUGAGUUUAUAUAUAUAUAUUUAUAUAUAUAUAUAUAUAUAUAUAUAUAUAUAAAUAUGUAUACAUAAUUAUAUUUUAAUACGAUCAAGUUGUAAGAAACGAAGCGUCUAAAAACUCGCCCGGUGCCUUUAGAGAUCCGCUCGUGCCUUAUAUCUUUAUUAAUGCGAGGAAGAAUCAAGGACCAAAUGUCUCGCGUCCUUAGAACGAGCCACGUAUAUUUUUACGUCCUCUCCGCGGCGAGAAAAAAAGCGCUGCUCUUGGCAAGGAUAUAUUCUGCGUAAGAGAACACCGGUGACUCGUCCAACCGUGUAAUAAUAUCAGUAUUGAGAUUUAUUCGUUUAUUUAUUGGUCGCCAUUUCAAUAAUUUUCUUUCCCUUUCUCGUUUUUCUAUCGAAUAAAUCAGAUCGGAUCGAGAACUAUAUUUUUUUUUUCUUUUUUCCCAUAUAUUUUCUAUUCAUAUACAUUUUCGAUCAUUUUAAUUAGAUUUUAACAUUUAAUACGUGUUAAUUCAUAAAUUAUACGAAUGAUGUAUGAGAAAUUGUAUUAGUCGAACAUAAACUCGUUCUGAGGGUUGAUUGAGACCAAGAACAAACAAAUUCGAAUUUCCUCGUCGAUAGAGGCAGUUCAAAGUGUGAUAAUCGAAGAAUCGCUGAUACCUCGCCUCUAAGGUUUAUCUGUGUCUUUUUUUUUUUUCUCUUUGUGCGGUCGAGAUUCUUCGGCGAGUGGUGAACGGUAGCAAGAGCAACGAUAUUCGAUAUAUCACGCAAUCCACGUGUUUUUCAGUUCAUCGAUAAAAUUCGCCCAAUUACAAAGCAUAUCCGUUAUAUUGUGAUUCAUCGAGUACCAAGAGAUUGAGAGGAAGAGAGACUGAAUUAUUCAGAGAGAAAGGGAUAGAAUGAUCGAGAAACAAUCUUAAUGUACGGAGAAAAUAGAUAUCAUCAACGUUUUUUUUUUUGUACGUUCGAAAAAUAAAAAAAAAACAAAAAUUAUUGUAUUAAAUAUUGUAUUAUAUACACACGCGUAGAUUAUGAGAAUUUGAGAGAAAAUAUAAGAGACUAUUUUAAAAGAAA